AUGAAACCAUCUAAACUGCAAGAUCAUCUGAGAAGAUGCCACCCUGAUAAAACAGAGAAAGAUUUGAAAUACUUUCAAACACUCAAAGAUAAAUUACAGAAGAGACCUACACUAGACAGAAUGUUCGCUUCGACGUCACAAAGAAAUGAUGAUGGUUUGCGGGCAUCUUACAAUAUCUCGUUACUUAUAGCAAAAUCCGGAAAACCGCAUACUAUCGGAGAGAAGUUUGCCAGCCGUUGA